CACGGUGCAGCGCGUGAUUUACUAUUUAAACAGGUUGACUUCCGUGGAUUACGCAUUUCAUAAAAAAAAAAAAAAAAAAAGAUUAUAUAAAACACAUUUUGUGAAGGACUCAGGGGAGGACACUACCAGGUAAGAGCAUCCAAAAUGAGUGACAACCCCGUCAAGGAUGAGGUCCAGAACUUCGACAAGAAGUGUCUAAAAAAGACAUGCACGGCAGAGAAGAACACCCUUCCAACUAAGGAGGAUAUUGAGAAGGAGAAGGCGGCAGCAGAGGUGGGGAAAUGAGAACCUGGUGUGCUGGCUCAUCAUGCCCCUCUUUCUCAUGCUCCUCCCAGUCCUCCUCCAUUUUUAAGAGAAUUGACUCGAUCACCACCUUUUUACUUUAUGUAUUGUAAAUCCAUGUUUAAAUCAUUGCAGUGUCCCACAGUGCUGUGGCCAAGGAGGAGUCCAAGUUUUGAGUGGAUGAUGCCAGUUGUAAAGCCAUGUAUAAUUGCAGCUGUGAUUAUUCUGAAAAUUUUAUCUUGCAUUUGUUAGUGGGAAAAGAUGACCUAAGAGCAUUUGAGCAAUCAGGCGCAUGUAUAUUGCUUGUUGCCAACAAACUGUCAACUAUGCCCAUGCCCAUGUCAGUGUCUGUAUCUGGUGCCAUUCUGGAUGAGCUGUUGAAUAAAUGACAUGUAAAAUGCGAUUUGUUUUUUUGUUUGUUUUGUUUUUUUUUUUUU